AUGUCUUCAGAUACUUCUUAUUCAGAUCUGGAUUCGCACGAGAAUAGCCCUAUUGCAAACUUAAACACAAUCAAAAGACACAAUCUUGUGGUUGUUAUCAGUUUAUUUGUAACGCAGAUUGAUAUUGUUAUUAAAAAAAUGAAAAACAAAAAAAAGCCGUUUGCUCACACCGUGAUAUUGGAGUUAAGGUCUCGACUAAAUAGUAUAAAGAAUAUAUUUUUUAUAUAA